AUGGCCACCGCCGAAACCGUCGACCUAGGCUCCCCCCAUCCCCCCAAAGAAGAAUCUCUCAAAGCUUUCACCACCCUCCUCCCGGACUUGAAAUCCACACUCCUCCACCAGCGGCGCACCUACGCGAAGCACGAACCGGAGUACUUCGCCGCAGUCAGCGGUCUCUCUGACGACGACCUUUCUUCCUUCACUGAGUCCGACUUUGAGCUAGUCCGCGUCGCCGUCAGCGCCUACGGCAUUCACAUGUUCGGUAAAGUACGUAUUCCAGCUUUACCGGACUCGGGGCCUGCGUACGUCCAUUUCCGCGCGCAUAUCCCGGGGGGAGAGGAGCCGCCUACGUUGCAUAGUAUUCAUACUGAGGAGCGUGAUGAGCCGGAUGGGGGAAAGGUGUUUAGGGCUAUUUUUACAAAGGAGGAUGAGUUGGAGUGGUUUGAUACGUAG